AUGGAGAAGCAACUUAAACUUUCGAACAAAUCCGCAGUCAAAACAAUUAAGAUGAAACCUAUUUUAUCGAGGAAAAAGCAAAAUUUAGUUACAUCAUCAACUAAUCAAUCGCCGAGAAUAUGGUUAAAUGGAAAAGGUUGUCCCUCUGGAACAGUUCCAAUUAAAAGAAUUACAAAAGAUGAUCUUAUCAGACAAACACAUAUGCCACCGCCAGAGGAUGUCACAUUUGAUGUUCAAUUGGUUGCGACUAAUAACAAUAGUGAGCCGAAAGGAAUAUACAGAUCUUCACAAGGAUACAAGGUGGACCCAACAUUAUAUGGAGAUAACAAAACUAGGCUCUUUAUACAUUUUCAAGCGGGUAACAAACAUUGUUUCAAUACAUUAUGUCCUGGUUUUGUUCUAGUAAACACUGAGAUACCUGUUGAUAUGGUAUACGAUCAAGUUUCACAUCGUGGAGAUAAAGCUUCAUUGGAAGACACAAUGUCCAUCGGUCGG